AUGGGCCAUACUAUUAGAUUACCUCUCGGACUAUCAGGAUAUUAUCUAUCUAUCAUAUCUAUGUUCAUAUCUCUUUAUCUUUUUCAGUAUGUUAAUAUCUAUCUAUCUAUCUAUCUAUCUAUCUAUCUAUCUAUCUAUCUAUCUAUCUAUCUAUCUAUCUAUUUACAAAGGCCAUAUUUUUAUUCUUUUCAUUUCUUAUUUGAUCUCGUAGGAAAUGUUAUUUUUUUCCUUCAUUCUUUCUUUCUAUCUUUCUUUCUUUCCUUCUGUCCAUGUUUCUUUCUUUACUCCCUUCUUUCUUUAUUUCUUUUAAGGCUUGCAAAUGUUUUCUCAUUAGCUUUCUCCUCUCCUUAUAAAAAUAAAUUUCCCUCCAGGCUCCCUUACCGAAUUCUUUUGGUUUCCUUUUGUCCGCUUUUUGCUCCCUGCCUUUUUCCAUUUCGAUUUUUCGUCUUCCCGAUUUGCAACUCCAUCACACAUAUCUUCACUUUGACCAAUGCAUUCGUUCUAAUUUCUUUCUUUCUUUCUUUCUUUCUUUCUUUCUUUCUUUCUUUCUUUCUUUCUUUCUUUCUUUUCUAUCCAGCUGUCGAAUCUUCUUUCUUGUUUAAAUUACUUCUCUUCAUAACACUCCGUUACUCUUGUACAUUCUCACUAAGUCUCCAUUUCUAUCUCCUCCUCAAUUAUUCGUUGUCUAGUCCUUUCUUUCUUCUUUUCUUUUCUUUAAUUCUCCUCCUGAAAUAUUCUUUUCCUUUUCCCCCCUUUCAGUCGCUACCGCCAAUCAUUUCUGUCGCUCUCUUUCCCAAUCUUCUGUCUGUCUCUGGUGUUUUCUCCCAUCUGUUGACUCAUAGGCAUCUGUUAAAUGCGCUGUAA